CAAACAGGGAGAAAAAAAACAAAUGGAAAACGAAAACUGAGAAAACCCAUUGGAUCAAGGUAGAUGCUUUAUCAAGAAUGGCCAAAAAAGUUUUGUGCUUUAUUCCCCAAAGACCAUUGUCAUCCACACCUGAAAUCCCGAGCCUUUACUCCUUUCUUCAACCUUCAGUGUUUGCCCUCAGCAGGAACAAGAAUAAGAACAAGAACCAACCCAUUUGUGAAGAAGAACCCCACAAGCUUCCAACUUGCCCACCACAAUCCCUCACCAAUGACCAAGUAGCCACCUUGCAAACCACCCUUCACAAAUCCCUAAUCACAAGUGACACUGAUGAGGCUUGGAAGUCCUUCAAGGCCCUCACCACUCACCAAGCCUUCCCCACUAAGCCCCUCACAAAUUCCCUCAUCACCCACUUGUCCUCUCAUGGUGACAUUCACAACCUCAAGAGAGCUUUUGCCUCUGUGGUCUACCUCAUGGAGAGGAACCCUAUGGUUCUUGAUUUUGAUACUGUUCAUGUCAUGCUUGAUUCCAUGAGGUGUGCCAACACUGCUGCCCCUGCUUUUGCCCUUGUCAGGUGCAUGUUCAAGAACAGGUUUUUUGUUCCUUUUUCUGUUUGGGGCAAUGUUCUUGUUGAGAUUUGCAGGAAGAAUGGUAACCUUGCUGCUUUCUUGAGGGUUUUUGAAGAGUGCUGUAGGGUUGCUUUGGAUGAGAAGCUGGAAUUCAUGAAACCUGAUGUUUCUGCUUGUAAUGCAGCACUGGAAGGUUGCUGUUGUGAGCUUGAAUCAUUGAGUGAUGCUGAGAGAGUUGUUGGAGCCAUGUCAAAUCUGGGUGUUAGACCAGAUGAAUUGAGUUUUGGAUUUCUUGGUUAUUUGUAUGCAUUGAAGGGGUUACAAGAAAAGAUAAAUGAGUUAGAAGUUUUAAUGGCUGGGUUUGGUUGCUCAAAUAAGAAGGGUUUCUAUACUAAUUUGAUUAAUGGGUAUGUUAAGUCAGGCAAUUUAGCUUCCGUGGAGUCAACUAUUCUCAGUAGUUUGAAUGAUGGGGAUGGCAAAGAUUGGAAUUUUUGUGGAGAAACUUUCAGUGCAGUAGUUAAGGAAUGUCUUCAGAAGGGAAAUAUAAAAGGAUUAGCUAAUUUGAUUAUUGAAGCUCAGAAGCUAGAGCCUUCAAAUAUCAUAGUUGAUAACUCUAUAGGUUAUGGUAUUGUUAAUGCAUGUGUUAGUAUUGGGCUAUCAGACAAAGCUCAUAGCAUUCUUGAUGAAAUAAAUGCUCUGGGAGGCUCUGUGGGUCUUGGGGUCUAUGUACCAAUCUUGAAGGCUUACUGCAAAGAAAAUCGAACUGCUGAGGCUACUCAAUUGGUGAUGGAGAUCAGUAGUUCAGGUCUUCAGUUGGAUGCGGAAACCUAUGAUGCUCUGGUAGAAGCAUCCAUGUCUAGCCAAGAUUUUCAGUCAGCAUUUUCGCUGUUUAGGGACAUGAGAGAGGCAAGGAUUCCUGACUUGAAAGGGAGUUACUUAACUAUAAUGACGGGUUUGAUGGAGAAUCAUCGACCUGAGUUGAUGGCAGCUUUCUUGGAUGAGGUAGUUGAGGAUCCUCGGAUUGAAGUAGGUACUCAUGAUUGGAAUUCUAUCAUCCAUGCUUUCUGUAAAGCUGGGAGGCUAGAAGAUGCAAGAAGGACUUUCAGAAGGAUGAUAUUCCUGCAAUUUGAGCCAAAUGACCAGACAUACUUGUCCCUGAUUAAUGGGUAUGUGUUGGCAGAGAAAUAUUUUGUUGUACUGAUGUUGUGGAAUGAGGUUAAGCGAAAGCUAUCAGCAGAUGGGCAGAAGGGGAUCAAAUUUGACCACAAUCUGGUUGAUGCAUUCCUGUAUGCUAUGGUCAAGGGAGGUUUCUUUGAUGCUGUUAUGCAAGUUGUGGAGAAAUCUAAUGAGAUGAAAAUUUUUGUUGAUAAGUGGAGAUACAAACAAGCAUUCAUGGAGACCCAUAAAAAGCUCAAAGUGGCAAAGUUAAGAAAAAGAAGUUUCAGAAAAAUGGAAUCACUUAUUGCUUUCAAAAAUUGGGUUGGCUUAAAUGCAUGAACUUUAAACACUGGCUACUUCUUAUCUCAAGGAUUAAACCAUCACGUCUGGAAGAAACAACUCAAAACAACGGUUGAGGAAGGAUUCAACAUUACAUGUUCUUUCAAGAAUUGUUAGGUGCAGGCCAGCUUUUAUCUCCAAGAUGUCCUCUCACAUAAAAGCCCUGUAAGUUUGGCUUGAAGUGCAUACAAAGCACAGACCAACCUUACCUAAUGCUGUAAUAUAAAUAGUGACAAAGAUCAAAAUCUUGGCAACUUGGUCAAAGAUGCAUUGUUGCCCUGGUGAGAAUCAAUGCAUUCUGAAAGCUUAACUUGUUAGUUGCAGGCUGCAUGCAUAGGAAUUGGUUUUAUUACCUCUUACAAGUCUCAUACACCCAUGCCAAUAGAACAGAAGGAAAUGAGGCAUACCCCUUUCUACGAUAUUUUUCUUUUCAAGUAUAAAAUUUGAAGUGUUGGUUGCAUUACUAUCUCUCAGAACUCCCGUUGGCCAAAGGGAGCCAAUCACUGGACAUCAAACUUAAUCCCUUCAAAGUGCAAGUUCAUCUAAUGCCUUUCAUGUAAAAAACAAGAAAACUGACACAAAUAUGAGACAUGAUAUGGACACAGAAACAGUAACUCAACAAAAUUAGUUGUGUCCACUCCACAUGCAUUAUUAAGUGUUGGAUUUUGUUUGACGCAUGUCCAAAGUCGCGGCAAACAGGUGUCCAACAUAGACAUGGCCCCUUCCUUAAGAGUCUGUGCUUCGUAUCCUUCAACAAGUGCUUAGUCUACCAUUGGGAUCAUAAAUUUUCUCAAACAGAAUGAACUGUGGCCCAACAGAAUAGUUGAUGCUGGUUUGAAUUCAUGGGCUUCACGGGCAGAAUGGAUAUACAUACAUCUAUACUUAUAAUAUCUAAGGCUUAGUUCGGGUGUGCUAUGCCAUUCAAUGUCACCGAGGUUCUCUAGGAUAUGAGAAACUGUUAACGUGCAUCAAUAAAUGGUCACUGUUUUUUGUAUGUCCUCUCCCUUGAAUCAGAGUUUGGCAGAAGAUAAACACCAAUUAUGUUGAUGUUCCAGUGAUAAGGUUCUAGUGACUUUGUACUAAGGUCAAUAACUAUAUGUUUCACUUAAAGCAAUCAAGUUGCUGUCAAUAGAAGUGGUGAGAGAUGCUGUGAUUGAAGUAUCAGCUGGAGAAUAUCUUUGCCAAGUGGAGUUAUGAGUCACUUCCUUUUUUUGGGCAAGUGUCUUUGAAAUUUUUGAAUAUAUAAUGCAACAGAUGCGACAACUGAGAGUAUUUGUUAGAAUCAUCGUUAUUU